UUUGAAACUAAGAUUUACCUGAAAUCGAUUCACAUUUGUACCGCAACUCGUCUGACCAACAUGUCGCCCAGUAUUGUCAAUGGCAGCAAGGCCCGUAUCCCAUCUCCAGGAUACAGCAAGCCGCUGCCCAUCUUUGAUGCUCUUUACCGCUCACUUCCAGCUGGUACCGAUGAUGAACAGUUCUGGUGGAAGCUCACCGGACGCCACCUUGCCCGCAUGAUGCUCGAGGCAGGCUAUCCAGAAGCCCGCCAGGUGGAGUGUUUGCUAUUCCAUCGCUUCACCAUCGUGCCAACCUUUGGUCCUCAGCCAGUCUCUAGCGAGCCCUGGUACAGGAGCCGCGUGGCCGCGAGCGCAGGAGACGGUGCCCCAAUCAGCUACAGCUGGCGCUUUGGCACGGCGGAGAAGCAGCCCUACAUUCGCAACUACAUCGAGCCUCUGGGUCCUCUGACAGGCACUGCCGCAGACCCAAACAACGAGGUUGCAACAAAGUCGCUUCUGAACGACUUCGCCAAGUCCCUGCCGAAUGUGGACAUGUCCCUGUUCUGGACCUUUGAACCCCAUCUGCGCAAUCAGUUCUCCAGCAAGGCCGAGCGCGAGCAGUACGCAGGGCCAUCAGUACUCACCGGCGUGGAGAUGCUCCCCGAUUCCAACGCUAUUGAUAUCAAAAUGUACCUGUACCCGCGCAUCCCCGAGCAGAUCAACAAGCUCCUCAGCACAACCCUCCCGCUGGCAAUGCAGGAGGCCUACGGGGAGAACGUCUCGCUUGAAAGUCUGAACGUGGUCAAGGAUUUCCUGAGCAAUCACCCAGACGGGCGUCAGCUCAGCCCUCGUGGAACUACCGCCAUCGACUGCUGCAAGAUUGACGAGUCGCGGCUGAAGUUCUACAUGGCGACGCCCAACACUUGCUUCGACCACAUCGCAUCCGUGAUGACCAUCGGCGGGCUCCGACCACUCUCUGCAAAGCACCUCACGAGCCUGCGCGAGCUGUGGUACGAGCUCAAUGGGCUGCCAGCAGACUUCCCUACGUCGGAGCCCGUUCCCACGCCGGAGGGCCAGGACGCAAAUGCCAUGAGCCACAAGGGUGUUGGCUUCUACUAUGAUAUCCAGCCAGCACUUGCUCUUCCGGACGUCAAGAUAUUCAUCGAUGUCCGCAAGCACACGAAGAGUGACAUGGCCGCUGCAGAAACGGUGGUCAGCUUCCUGGAACGCCAUGGACGCGGGCCAAAUCCCCGAGCCUAUCUGAACGUUUUGCGGGACAUUGUGCCAGUCGAAGAACUCGAGGCUCGCACGGGUGUCCAGGCUUUCUACUCUGUUGCGGUUAAGAAGGACGAGUUUGAUAUUACUGCGUACUUUAUACCGCAGAUCUAUCGCCGGUUUGCGGCGGUGCAGGUCGAGUUGAAUGGGCAGCGCCGGAGCAGGUUCGAGUAGGCAGGGAAAUAGGAUGCGGGGUUAGGAUAGUUUAGCUCUUCAAUUGAAAGUGACACUUUAUUUCGUACUCUGGAAGUAAACCCAACGGAAAGAAGGGGGUUGCAUCUACUUGCAGCAAUAUAUACAUGUCUACGCCACGUCGAUGAAUGAACAAGCAGACCAAGCCUCACUACCUUUAGCCACCAA